AUGAUUCCUAGGGGCCACCACAAUCCUCCUACCACGCCCCCUCCUCACUCCGCGUGCUCACAUCUUACAAAUAUUUUUUGGGCAAAUCACUCCAAAAAAGUACCGAAGAUCGAACCUAUAGUGACGCCUUAUAAAUUGAGUAUGGAUUCUAAUCCUGCGCCCUCAAAGAGAGUAAAAUAUGGACAUGCUGAUUUUGAAGCUACUUUACUGGUCCAUUCUGGUGGAAGCGAUAUCGAAUCAGAUGGUGACUAUAUACCAUCGGAUCAUGACACUAAGUCGGAGGUUGAUUUCGACGAAGAGGACAAUGAAUAUCUAGGUGAAAUUGAAAAUCCAGAAAAUGUUCCCAGUGGCAACUACGUUUAUGGUAAGAAUCGCUUUAAAUGGUGCAAGGAUUCUCCAGUUCCCAAGAAUACACGCACGUUACAACACAACAUUGUUGUUAAAUGCCCGGAACAUAAAAGAAAUGACAUCUACAGCGCUGAUGCUGAGCAACCUGCUCAGAAGGUGUUGGGGUGUUUUGUGAUAUCGUAUGUUUCGUAUUACAUCACAUUAUUAAAUUAA